ACCCAUCAGCAGACCGCUGUUCAAAAGGGAGACAUGGGACCGUGGAGUCACCACAACUCUAACCAGGAGUAGGAAGUCGUUUUCGAGCUGAAGACGUUGACCGGAGCUUCUACUUUUCCCACUUGCAUUUCUAAUUUCUACCCAUUAAAGGACCGGAAGAGAAACAAGUUAAAUGACAACUGAAGUUAUCCGAGCUUUUUUGAUACCUUGGGCAAAGUGCCACACCUUCGCUUAGCGCAACAGCUCCUCCACACAACUGGCCAAAUGGGGUGCCGAUGCUGUAGGAUGAUAAAAAGCUACAUCUACGACCCCUCAGUGGCUGUGGAUGUGAGGAAGACUGACUCUGCAGGCAGCUCGCUCUACCAGCCCCACCACCUCUCAGGCGGGCCGCCCGGCAGUGACCCACUCAGCGGCCACAACAAGCAGAAGCAAGGCUUCCACAACCUGGGCUACAGCAAGUCCAACGACAGCACUCUUAAACUAGAGGUGGACAACAACCACGUCAACCACAGGCUGCAUGCAGCACCUUCACCUGCAAAGGAGCUGCACCAGCAGGGGAGCGCACCGCCUGCAGAGGGGGAUCUAUACAUCAUCCAGCCAGAAUCUCUAGGACCAAGAUGGGUGAUACAGGAAAAAACCCCAAGCCAGGUGCCAGUUUACCCCAAUAUACAGGAGUACGAGAACCAAAGAAGCUACGGUAAGCAGGAACACCGAGAGACAAGGAACGGGUGGGACAGCUCCAUCACUGAGUGUGUGACUGGCAGAGAAAGCCUGUCAGCAGACGAGAUUGAGAUAGACGAGGGCGUGGGAGGGACGCCGGAAUAUCUGUGCGACACAGGGGACGAAGGGAGCAUCCUGUCGGUGGACAUCCACACCAGCACCACCAGCCUGUCCUCAGCCGACACCAGGGACGAGCUUAGACUGCCAAAGACUCCGGAAGUUUCCACCAUGGAGAGCGGGAUCUCGGUGACAAAGAGCGAGGACGAGGAGGAAGAGGAAGCGAGGAACGCGGACGAGGAGGUACAGAGCGUCACAGACUCAAUGGUGGCCGAGGCUCUUGCUGCCCUCGAAGCCGCCACUGCCGGGGAGGACUGUGAGUAACCGACCUCUGCGCUUUCUCUCGCUUAUCACCCAAAACCAUUGACUUGGACUUGAAUGCGACUUGACAGAGUGUUCAAAACCACCAUGAAACUUUGCCACAGUUCUGAAUAACACCUCCUGUGUUCUUUAUCAAAGAACGUGGAACAAAUGAAGGAAAACUCUGUUUACAAAUUAAAGAACAGAUUUAUUUUUGAACUUGAAGUCUUGGAUAUUUUUUUAUUGUGGUCACACUGACAGAAGAUAAUGUCUGCCUUGUGAAAGAGGAAAUGUUUCCAAUGUUGCAAGGUUUGCAUGAAGCCACAAAUGAAGAGACAUCAGUGUAGACUGUGAAUACCGCCUGCUGCCAUAUCAGCCAGUUAGUCCUUUUGAAUAGUGUAUUUAACACUCCACAGUCCAGAUAAGCCUGUAUACGCUCAUUCACUGCUUUGCCAUGUCCAUACUGUGCUUGUAUUAGUUAAGACACUAUAUGUUGCUUUUAUCAUAUUUUGGAGCAUAGCUGUGUAAAUUGUUAGCCGACUUCCUUUGUUUAUGCACAGUCCUCGCUAAAUCUUGCUAUCUCUUCAGGAAUCUCGCCCUUGUUGCAUCGAGCAGGUGAAAGAGGAAAGGUCACCAGAUAUGUUUUUUAUAUGCUACCCAUGUUUUUGUUCCUAUUUUAUCUUCUCUUGUUAUUUAUAAUAUCUGCACUCACAUCCUUUUUGAUUUAUUGUGAGAAGAAAGUGGGCGCUGCGAAAGUCCGGAGAAGAAGAACGUGAGGUAGGAUACAGGAAACAGUCCUUAUUUAUAGCCUUUCCACUUGUGUGUCAGCAUUGAUUUCAUCAGAAUGAAACUGAAUUAAUAUGAUAUGUAAUUGGAAAUGUAGAAAUUAGUUUACACACUGUGCUUACAUUAUCAAACACAUGUACACUCACAAUUCUGAGUGAUUGUUUUUGUCAAUUAAUGUGUAAUUUCCAUGCACAAUAUUUGUGUGAGUCGAUGUCAUGUGACAAAAUAUCAGAGGAUCUAUGCACGUUUCACAUCCUGAGCAGGUUACCAAAGGAUAAAAUGGAAACUAGCCACCUGUUCUUUUCACUGAUACCACCUAGUUUCUGCAUUUUUUUCAAUAAGACCAGGUAAAGUCAAAUCACUGUUGAAUAAACCACAGAGGGGCCAUCAAUUCACCCCACUUGUUUGUUGUUUGUUUUCUGUUUAAUAGGUCAGGUUUCGUGUUUCUAGUCCGGCCUAUGACAUUAGUUCAACUCGGACGUUGCCUACGUGCCUAAUAAUGAACCAAUUGAGGCUAGACGGUGAAGAGGAAAUGACACAUACGGCUUUUUUGAAUGUGUUCAGUGUGUUGAUGCAAAAUAAGCUGUUCUCUCAAUGAAGUUCUGAAUUUGUUCCACUGCGACUCCCCUUUUCAAGUCACUUUGCCUGCCAAAUCAUUUCUACUUAUUAUAUAUUUGUAUUGUAAAAUGAAGAAAUGUACUUAAAAGUUGUA